AUGCUUGUAUAUAACAGUAUUGUUUGUUUUAAUUUUGCAAUUUGAAUUCAUUCACAGCUGUUAGGGAGGAUGAAUACUACCUGGCAGGAAAGAUGAUUGCUGUGUCAGUUGUGCAUGGAGGUCCAGGACCCCAUUUCCUGUCGAAAGAUCUUGUACAUUAUCUUGCAGGCCAGCCUUCAUUCAAAGCACCAAUUAAUUUAAUAACUGAUGAAGAACUAGGGAAAGCUUUGCAAAAGAUUGAGAAUGCUGCUUCAUUGGAUGCUCUGCACAAAUGUAUGAUGAGACACAGCACAAUGUUACAGACAGCAGGUUGUCUGAGACAUGUGGCUACUGUGGAAGAAAAGACAGAAAUUGUUUCAGACUACCUCCAAUGGUAUGUUAUUGAACGGAACUCAUCUGUAAUUGACAGAUUCAGGGAGGGUCUUUCAACCCUGGAGUUUUUAACUGCACUACAGCAGCACCCUACUUUGCUGGCCCCUGCCCUGUGCCACUCUGAAAAGCAACUCACUGCUUUUGACCUUGAGAUACUCUUCAAACCUGGCCUCAGUCCUUCGGGGAGUAAUCAAAGACUUAAAGAAAGUCAAACCAUGGGCUACUGGGCAGACCAUCUCCUUGAUUGUGAAGAAGGCCAGGCUGCUGUGUCUGUGGAAGAUGUUUUGAUGUUUGCAACUGUGCUGUCUUCACUUCCCCCAUCUGGCUUGGAACCACUGCCACAAAUAGAGUUCCUGGAAUGACUCUGUGUUCCCAAUGGCAAAUACAUGUACAAACUCCUUGAAAUUACCACUCCUAGACUCAUACACUUUGUUUAAGUCACGGACUUUGGAAUUCAAAAUAGUCCAGGAUUUGGCUGUUUUUAAGCUAAAUGAUGGAUGAACCCUAGAGUUAAGACUCUGAAAACAUUGUUGUUGUUAAAGGUUCACUUUAAAGUGCAGUUGCCCAAAUUGUUUUUAUAAUGUAACAGUAUGUGAGCAUGUUUUUCUCACUGUUAACAUUUUGAAAAUGUUUUAGAUUUGUGGCUCUCAAACUGGGAUCCCUCUGUGAAUCACUGUUUUAGAUAAAGAAACAAAUAGUUCAAGAAGUAAAGUUUUCUAUACUGCAAAAAUUUAAUAAAUACUUACUAUUUUUGAUUAAUUUACUUCACACUUAAAAACAAUUAAGCUGUGGGUGACAGAUUCAUAAACAUUGUGUUCAGACAGACAACAGUAUUCCACCACUACAAAAAACCCUCCCUUUUUGAUCAUUUCAUAGCUGAGCCAUUUCUUUUAGUUUCAUAUACAGUUCUGUUGCAGACUCCCAGUUUUCUGGCUUCUGUAACUGAUUGUGUUCCAUGUCCACGAUUACAGCAUACGAGUGGCCCUCGUUAAAAUAUUGAACACAUUGAUGAAGUAUGUCUGGUGUUUCCGUCUGGUCCGCGUCCUUUAGAAAUUCCAAACACCGACCACACGUAAAGCAAAACCACGUUAAGCUGCUCAUGUGUUUGCCACAAAGCGGGCAAAACAUCCCUAGGCCGCAGUCCAUGUUCUGUCACCAUAAACUUUAUAUACGGCAUUAACUCCACAACCACAACACGAAUUUACAGCGCUCACCAACAACAACACCUUUCACCGUGUCACUUCCGGUGUAUGGUACAUUCCCUUUCCGUGAAGAAUCUGUCAUUGUAAAUUUGUUUCGGGACUGGUAAAAGUGUUUUGCGUCUUGUUAAUUUGUUUUCUAAAAUGUAAAUUUGUCUCAAGCUUUGUAAAAGUGUUUCAUACUUUGUAAUGCAUCAUAGAAACUUGAGUUGUUUAUAUUUGGUAUAAAAUUUGUUUUUUCAAUGUAAAGCCAGCAGGACAAUUACUCUAAACACAAAUGAUCUUGUUUUGUUUCUGGGGCAAUGUACAUUCAAUUUUUUCUGGAGUGUUUUGAUGAUGCUUACAAGUGUUCCCUACGGGUAUGGGAUUAAUUAUAAAGCCAAGACACCCGAUCAUCUCCAGCUCAGAACUGAUCUGC